AGUAUCGAUGUGCACCAAUCACAGCCGGGCACAGCGCUGUCAGCCAAUAGGAAGCCAAUGACAGUAAGACGUUGACACCAGCAGUUUCAUAACAACACAGGAAGCGCGUGGAAAGAGCAUUUAAAUACAAGUUCUGCUUCGUUGGCAUGCAAUUCAUGAUUUCACUCGGACUUCAUGAACACUCCUGAACAUGGGAUAGGAUUACCACUUCUCCUAUUUCAGUUUAAACAACUUUAACAACAUGAUUUCGCUGUCAUGGCUGCAGAACCUAAGCUUUGUUCUGUCGCAUGUCAACACUGCAGCUCUGCUAGUUAUGCUGCUAGUUUUUUAUUUAGUACAUGUGUAUCAGAAACAACGGAACCUCCUGGCAAAAAUCCCGCCAGGUCCGAAGCCCUGGCCGGUUGUGGGAAACUUUGGCCACUUUCUCAUCCCCUCUUUCAUCCAGAGGAGGUUUGGACAGCAGCGGGACAACACCAACAGAAGCGCUAUGGACGUGUUAACGGAAAAGGCCAAUAUCUAUGGGAACAUAUACAGCAUCUUUGUAGGGAGUCAGCUCAUGGUGGUGCUGAAUGGAUAUGAUGUGGUGAAGGAUGCUCUGUCCAACCAUCCUGAGGUGUUCUCCGACAGACCUGACAUCCCUUCUAUCUCUAUCAUGACCAAACGCAAAGGUAUAGUCUUUGCACCUUACGGGCCAGUGUGGAGGAAGCAGCGCAAGUUCUGCCACGCCACUCUCCGAACGUUCGGCCUGGGGAAGCUGAGCCUGGAGCCGUGCAUCCUGCAGGGCCUGGACACCAUCAAAUCGCAGCUGCUGAUCCUGAGUCAGGAGGGUGGGGCUGAUGCCGGAGUGGACCUGGCCCCGCUGAUCAGGAACGCCGUAUCCAACGUCAUCUGCUUUCUGGUCCUGGGACACCGCUUCCACCACGAAGACCGAGAGUUCAGCAAACUGCUGGACCUGAUGGACCGAGGGCUGGAGAUCUGCGUCAACAGCGCCGCGGUCCUCAUCAACGUCUUCCCUCUGCUCUACUACUUACCUUUUGGGGUCUUCAAGGAGUUGCGGCAGGUGGAAGGAGAGAUCACAGUGUUUUUGAAGAAGAUUAUUGUACACCACCAGAUAACAUUAGAUCCUGCUCACCCCAGGGAUCUGGUGGAUAUGUACCUGAAGGAGAUGUUGGACCAGCAACAGAGAGGAGAGCAGGACAGCAGCUUCACAGCAGACUAUCUCUUUUAUAUUAUAGGAGAUCUCUUCAUCGCUGGCACUGACACCACCACCAACUCUCUUCUGUGGAUUCUGCUCUACAUGGUCUUAUAUCCUGAUAUCCAAGACAGGAUGCAGGCAGAGAUAGAUGAAGUGGUGGGCACACAACGGGUCCUGUCUCUGACUGAUAAGGGAAGUUUGCCUUUUACUGAAGCCACCAUCAUGGAGGUGCAGAGAAUGACUGUAGCUGUUCCCCUGGCUAUCCCUCACAUGGCCUCCGAGACAACAGAGUUCAGAGGCUACACUAUUCCCAAAGGAACCGUUAUUGUGCCCAACCUGUGGUCUGUCCACAGAGACCCCGCUCUGUGGGACGACCCAGACAAUUUCAACCCGGGGCGCUUCCUGGACGACGAGGGAAAGCUGCUCAGGAAGGAAUGCUUUAUACCUUUCGGGAUUGGUCGCAGGGUGUGUAUGGGGGAACAGCUGGCGAAGAUGGAGCUCUUCCUGACGGUCACCAUCUUACUGCAGGCGUUCAGAUUCAGACUCCCAGAGGGGACGCCCCUCCCUUCCCUGCACGGGCGCUUCGGCCUGACGCUGGCCCCCUGCCCAUACACUGUGUGUGUGAGCCCCCGUAGAUGAAACAGUGGAAUAUUUGGUUAUAACAAUCCAAUCCAAUUACAUUUACCUAUGUGGGUAAAGGUCUCCUGGGGAGACAAUGUCAUUUUUGUAAAAAGUGUGUUUUGAUUGGAAUACAAAUAUGUCUUCAUCCAAUCUGUUAUUUUUUGGAUUGUUCAAGCAUUAUUUAGGUCCAUAAAAUGUCAAUAGCAAUCAAAAAUGACCAUCAUGCCUUAUGGUAUGUGUUGCAUUUACAUUGCUGUGUUCAGAAUAGCUGCUAAAAAGGUGGAUGGAUAUUAUUAUGGUAGAGGCAUUUGGUUUUAAAAUACAUAUUCUCAAUAUAUGUUAUUGUUUUAUGAUGCACACCACUGCUUUAUAGAUAUUGGCACAUAUUAAAAUGUUCUUAAGUAGGGCAUUAGGGAAGGAAAGAUUUCAGUUAAAAGAGUCAAAAUUGAUUAAAGAGAUUAGUUAAACGAAAGGCGGUAAAUAAGGUAAAACACUGUAUACAUCUGAAGUGGUUUUAUUAUAUAUAUUAAAAGUGAUAGUAAAAUAACUUUGGCAUGCAUUGCUCAUUCUUAUGUACUUUUACAAAGUAAGGCUUGCUUUCAAUCAUUUUGUAUCAUGCAUCUUGGAGUCCUGGCACAGGAAUCAAGUAAGUGUAUGUUAUUCAGUGUGCCAUUGUGAAUGUUUGGAACAAGUCUAAGUACACCGUCUGGGAUUACAAAAAUGUAAGUUAAAUAACUUUACGGUUAUAAAAAAAAUGCCGACCUGAAUGUUCUUGUUGUGCUCUUAUUAACACACAUUUUUGUUUGAGUGAAUAGUUGUAAUUUGGGGAGUAUCAUUGGAUUCUCCUUUCAGUGUGCAGACAUGGACACUGGUUCCUUGUUGCUGCAAAAGUCUCAAAAGAAUCUUGACAGGUCUACAUCAUGGACUUCCUGCCAAGUCCAGCAAAAGAGCAGUAAUUCUUGCACUGGAGGUAUAUUUACUCCUAUUGAUAGUGUAAUCAUUAAAGUCAAUGACAUGUUUUCACUAAUGUAUUUUUAUUAAUGAAUUAAUAUAAUUGAAUUCAUUAAUUACAAACAUCAUGAAGGAGAGAGGCGCUUCAACAGGGGAGUGUCUGGAUGGAUGGACCCUACAAAAAGUCCUGGUUGGUACUGUUUUUAAAAGAACAGAUUUUAAAAGUGCCUUUUUAAUGAGUCUACUUGUUUGUUUGUGGGUUCAACUUAAAGCCACACAAGGGUGGGGCAUGAAAUCAUUUGUAAAAUGAAUUUCUACUGUAUAUUGUAAAUAAAUGUGUAAUUGUGUCUUUGAGAAUGCUGAAGCCCUGCUAAAAGACGCAGAUCCUGCCAGCGUCCAGCAGGACAUGAGCCUCAGGGCUAUAUUAAAUAGGCUGAUUGGGGUACAAAUACAUAAUUGAUUUGUUAGUGACCGUUUACUGUUGUGGUAUUUUGUAAAUAAACAUACUCAAAUUCA